AUGGAACAUCCUGAAGGCGAAUUACCACAACACCGCGAUGUCUCUGACAAACCGGAAAAUGACACAACUCCUCCUACCACAGCAUCAAGCAAUGCUGACGAGGCGUCUAAAGAUAAAACAUCCACAGAGGAACUACAGAAACAACGUCGAGAGAAGAAACCCUUCUUCUACUGUCGUAUCGUCACAAAUCAUCCAUUCAAGAGCUUCUUUAUAACGCUGGGUAUACAGAUUGGUGUGCUGAUAAUUUCUGGCAUCCUGUUCCUCAGUGGUUACAACUUGUUCCCGACAAGCUUUGACACACUGCCGAUGGAGGUGUAUUCUGUCCCCUAUAGACUCCGAGACUAUGCCAACCGUGACAAAGACGAAUACACCGAUUCCUUCACAAGACAACUUUCCAACAACGGCUAUCCAUCCUGGGAGCGAGGUCUACGGCAUGCAUUGUCAUCGCUUGAUCUUUAUUAUAGCAGCAACGGGGGCAAUAUUUUCACCCGAGAAACGCUUCAACUGAUGCAACAGGUGGAAAAUGAUUUGGUAACUGCUUCCGGGUACUCCACAAGUUGGUGUCAGACCAACUCAUCCUCGCUAGAAUGUGUGAAUGUUGUGUCCAUUCUACGAUAUUUUGACGGCACCUACGCCAGCAUCAGUUCCACUUUCAACGAUCCGACAUUCAGUAACAUUCCAGGAGUGUUGUAUGAGGCUCACACAAAUGCACAGACCAAGUCAGACUUCGAUUUUUUCCUCCCUAAGUCGUUCAUUAUCACACCUACCACUGCUGUAGGGUCCUUAACGCGCUCUAUUCUCCCAAUAGGAUGUUCGGUCAGCGGAACCUAUUUGUGUAAGACUAUGAAAGAUAUUGUUGGCGACUUUUUACAGGGCCCUUUGAAAGACAAACUGGAAAGCUGGAGAGAAAAGCUCACGACUGUUGAUUUUUGGUACUAUAGUUAUGUUCUUUGGAACAAAGAUGUGAUUGCCCAGGCCAUGGCUGACAUGAUGCUAGCCUUAGGGAGUAUGGUUUUCAUUUUCUCUUUCAUGACCUUUCACACGAGAUCAUUCUGGAUCGCCGGUUUUGCAGUACUAAGUAUUAUAACAAGUUUCGUAGGAGGUAAUUUGAUAUAUAGAGUUAUUUUUGACUUCCAGUAUUUUGGCUUUUUCCAUAUUUUGGCGAUUUUUAUUGCCCUUGGUAUCGGAGCAGACGAUUUGUUUGUGUUUUAUGAUGCUUGGAGGUUGACAUCUUUUCAGUCAUAUCCUUCACUGGCGCACCGUAUGUCGGAUGCAUUUAGCAAAUCCGCACAGAGUAUGGCUAUUACAUCACUGACUACGAUAGUAGCGUUUCUCUGCAGCGCUAUCUCACCCCUCCUCGCCACCAAAUCCUUUGGAGUAUUUGCUGCCGUGAUUAUCUUUUAUAACUACCUGACAGUGAUAAUAUUUUUCCCUUGUGUUGUCACUAUGUAUCAUCUGAAGUUUGAACAAUUUAAAUGGCCAUGUUUUCGUUGCUGUCGUAAGAAAGCAAACGAAAAUAGCGAAAAAGACAAAUUCAACAACAACUCAGUGAAGCCAAUGCAGAACAUAUUUGUUUUAUCUGAUGGAAAAUCUGACAUUAAAACAAUGAAAGGAGAAACAGUGAUUGAAGAUAUUGAAGAUGCUAAUCCGAAGAUAAAUAAUGGCCGCGAAUCUAAUGGACAUAUAAAUAAUGGAUUCUUAACCAAUGGACAUGUAAGUAACGGAAUAGCCAAUGGACAUGUGACAAAUGGAGUACCUAAUGGAGCGGUUCAGACUGCUAGCACUAGUCCCGAGUCCAACGACAAACAUACAGGCAAAAAAGACAAAAACAAGCAGAAAAAACUGGUCGUCUUCUUCCGAGACUAUUAUUUCCGAUUUAUCACGCAUAAGAUUGCUCGAUGGUGCUUACUUCCGGUGUUUGCUUGUGUCGUCGCUGUAUUUGCGUACCAGGCAUCCAAACUGGAACCGGACAACGAAAAUAUGCAAGUAUGGAAGGACUCCCAUCACUACACCAAGGCAAUAGACGCUGAACAGUAUGACUUCUAUGUGAGCGCGGAGGAGAACUUGGUGACAAUACACAUUUUGUGGGGUCUGAGAAAUAAGGACCGGUCUAACUGCCAUUUCUCCGACAUCACUUGUCGAGGCACCACCGUUUAUGAUGACACGUUCGACCCAAAUCCAGUUGCCAAUCAACAGGCCCUUAUGGAUUUCUGCACUCGCUUGUAUGGUAUGUCUGCGUCUGAUCUUACGACGUACGAGAUCAAGACAGAUUCUAAUGGUGACCCUGAGAUUGCCUGCUUUACCCGGGAUCUCGGUACAUUUCUAACGAACGUGUCUACGACCUUGGCCAUUGAUGUGUCACUGCCCUGGGAUUACACCAAAGUUUCCAACCUGAUGACCGCUGAGUCCACUCAUUACGAUGUUUCUCAGUUUAAUUCAAACUUCCCUAACACAUUAGAGAUAGCGAUACAGUACUGGAUGUAUAACCGCUAUGCAAAGACGUUCACGGCGGACUUUUCAACUUAUAACAACUUAUUUGGGGAACAGAAAGGGACGUGGUCUCAACAAUUGCUAUCGGACUCCUCUAUCUAUUACGGCAAUAAACUCAAAUACAUGAUGGUAUCUAUCAACACAACCAUCAAUAGGUUUACUACGGGCUACUCCGAGGGUAUUCCGAAGGUGGAGAGGUGGGAAGCCUUCGUGCAAUCCGAGAUAAACAAGAUGCCUGUGGGUUUACAAGGAGGUUUCCAGUUAACACGCGAUAUCUGGCAUUGGUUAUACGUACAGAAGGAAAUGGAAAAGAAUGCUGUAACAGGUAUCGCAGUUGGUGUGUCUCUAGCAUUCCCCAUACUCUGUCUGUCCACCAUGAAUGUCAUAGUAGGCAGCUUCGCUACGCUGUCGAUCUGUUGUACAACCAUCUGCGUCAUCGGGGUUAUUCCGACGGCAGGUUGGAAGCUCGGGCUGUUGACGUCACUGAAUAUGACAAUGCUCGUGGGAUUGGCGGUUGAUUACGUCGUGCACUUGGCGGAAGGAUACAGGAAUUCACUGCAUAAAGACCGCCUCAACAGAACACGUGACAUGUUAGAAGAAAUGGCCACGUCGGUGUUUUCUGGGGCGUGCACAACUCUCGGUGCUGCACUCUUCAUGUUUUUGGCAAAAAUAACAUUUUUCAUGCAAUUCGGCAUAUUUUUAUUCUGCACAAUUGGAUUUUCUCUAUUCUUUUCGCUGGGUCUGUUCUCCGUUUUAAUGGGGAUGUUAGGCCCUCAAAAUGACAUCGGUUCUCUGAGGCCAAUUUUCAAUUUUAUAAAAGAGAAAUUUAAAAAAUGUCCAUGUAUGAGGAAGAAAUCAAAAGUUACUAAUAUUGAGAAUGGGUGUCCAUGA